UACAAGGCAAUUCAUUGUUGCCAGUAACCCGCGAAGCUCCUCUGCGUCUCUACCGAAGAGCGCUGACCCCUUUUGAAAUCCCUCCCCAGGUACCACCGCGAACCGUCGAGCUGUCCCCAGCGUUUCGCCGAUCAGUGCGGCUUACUGUUCCCCUUCACGUCUGCCGCGGCAACCCUAAGCCGAACCAACAUCGCCGAACGAACUACCGCCGCGUAUCACACUCCCAGAUGUCAACCGUGUCGGGGAGCGCGUCCAAUGCCUCUCCGCCGGCUACGCGUCCGCCUCAGCAGCACACUCGCACUUACCAGGCCUGCAUCCCUUGCAGGCGCCGCAAGGUCCGCUGCGAUCUAGGUCCCGUUGACAACCCUCAUGACCCACCCUGUGUUCGCUGCCGACGUGAGAGCAAGGAGUGCUUCUUCUCCGCGACUCGUAGAAAGAGGAAGGGACAAGAUGGCCAAGACCUGGACGAGACUCUCGACGACUACGAGAUCCGCAAUGGUAGGAAGCGCUCACGCACCGCGCCCGAAAUCAUUCACGUUGCGCGCCCUCCGAGUGGGAACUAUGUCUCCCAGCCCCUGACCCCCGGUGGCUCUGUGGGAAGAUAUGAGCCUUUGCGACGGCCCACGACACAAUCGAACACGAGCGAAAAUCCGCGCAACGAGGAGGAUGACCAGAAUGUGAGCAAUGCGACCGCUGGCAUACUGCAGACCAAGGAGGUCUUCAGUGGACAUGAUGCCCUGAACUUGCUCUUCGAGGCCGCUGGACGCAAUGGCGACAUUGUCCACCACCGCACUGGCAGCGGCUCGAAUCAUGCUCAGCCAGCUAUGGUCACAGCCCCGACGCCGACAUCCUCGACGCGCUUUGUCAGCCCUCAGAUGACGUCCACGAACAAUUUCGACAACAGGAACCAAGCUCCCCCGGCCCCUGAGCCAUCCUUCGAACCAGCUCGAGAACAGUCGGAAGUCCCAAUACUGCCGGAGCCUCGCAAUGACCCUGCCCUCCCAGCAGCCAUACAAGCGUGGCGCAGAUUCCGUUUGGUGCGCGCAGGCUGGUUGACCGCAAAGGAGGCAAUUGCCUAUAUGGACUAUUUCUAUACCUACCUCUCCCCACUGACUCCAAUCGUCGUGCCCGACUACCGGGAUUACGCACUUCACGCUAAGCUCCUCAAGGAGGAACCUAUGCUGGUUGUGACAAUACUCACCAUCACUUCUCGGUUCGUCAUACCCAACACGGGCGGCGCCAGGACUCGUGGUUAUCAUAUGCACAGCAAGUACUGGGACUAUCUCAAAGGAAUGAUUGACCGCAUGAUAUUCGGACAGGAACAGUUCGGCGGCGGGUUUUGUGGUGCUGGCCAACAACCUGGCUCGGACACAAACCCACUGUCACGCAAAGGACUCCGGACUCUUGGUACCGUGGAGAGCCUUAUGUUACUCACAGAAUGGCACCCGCGCGCUCUUCACUUCCCACCCGGCGACGAUGACGACGAACUCGUACUCCCAGAUGAUCUCGGGGAAGUGGACACGAGGGCCGAGAACAAAGCCAGUGGAGGACAGCGCAUCGAUAGUUGGCUUGAACCCUGCUGGAGAAGUGACCGCAUGUGCUGGAUGCUGCUCGGAAAUGCCACUGCACUUGCAUUCGAGAUCGGUGUUUUUGAUGAUACCAGCGAAGCUGAGUUUGAGGAGGAAAAUCGCCAUUUAUCGCAUGCAACGGUGAAGGCCUACUUCCGCCGAAAGAACCAUCUCAAAGACCUCUUGAAAAUCUACAUCACGCAGACAAGCGGUCGAUUAGGUCUGACCACAAUGCUCCCUAAGCUCGAGCGUAACUACCAGAUACCAACCAAGACGCCCAAUGAGCUUUAUGAAGAGCGCAUUGCACAAAUCAAGCCGCCUCCGCCAAACCUUGGUAUGCGCCCGUCGGGACCGGACGGACAGCGCCUGCCAUUCGAGUCUGUGGCGACCCAACAUCGCCAUGCAGUUCAGGAUCUUGUGCUUGACUUCUGGUCGAGGAUAGCCCUGAUAAUGGACAUGGGCAAUCAGAAACUGUUCCCUAACCGUCGACAGACGCGUGACCUGUUGAAGUCGGGCAAAUAUGAAGAACUAUUGCGUUACUUUCAGACUCCGCUGCUGGACUGGAGUAGGUCUUUCGCCUUGGCAGACAAAGUCCCUAAGCAACUCAGAUACGUCCUCACUAUUGAGUAUGAGUACACUCGCGUCUACCUCAACUCACUGGCGUUGCAGGCCGUGGUGGAACGUUGUACCCACAAUACGCCGCAGCAGCAACACUCAAACCUGAACGGGUCCUCAAGGGAUCGCGAUGGCGGCGCGAUUCCGUUCAGUACCCUCGUCAAAUGGUAUGGCAAUGACCGGCACUACAUCUCUGAGGUCAUCGACGCCAGUCGCAAUGUGUUGAAGGCCGUCGUGGAAGGACUGUAUCCAGGGGACUACCUCCGCCAUGCACCCGUGCGCACCUUCUUCCGCAUCGUCUCAGUCGCCAUCAUACUUCUUAAAACUUUUGCUCUGGGUGCCACGGAGGACGAUGUGGCCUACUCCCUUGGUCUUCUGGAUCGCGCAGUGGGAGCCCUUCGGACGUCAAUUGUCGACGAUGUUCACGUUGGCAAUCGGUUUGCCGAGCUGGUGGAGACGCUCACCAGACGCAUUCGGUCGAGGUUUGUCCGCCUCUCAGCCAAUGCUUCAACAGGUAUCUCCCGUGCUGGGAGCCGUUCUCCGACUCGAAACGGCGCACUGACACCGACGAUGGGCCCUCCUCGUCAACCAAUUCAAUCUCAGAAUGGCGCAGGGCAGCAUCUACAACCCCCAUAUAGCGGCCCAGGAGCUGGCUAUACGAGCGCUACCACUUCCGUGCCCGGAUCGCCUUCACUGAAUCUCACAUCUGGUCGCCAAACGCCCAACCCCUCCCUCUGGGGCAUUUCAGCCGAACCGUACGACCCCAACUCGGGUCAACAUUCUCUCAUGCCGCCUCCGGGAUUCAACCCGAACGGCUCCAGCUUCGACUACAUGCAGCAAAACCAGAAUUAUAACAAUGUCAAUGGCUAUGAUAAUUCGAGCAGUUUCAACCAAGGCGAUCAGGAUUGGUUGACCUUGCCGCUUGAUCCUUUGCUCAAUCAAUGGGGUGCCGAUAUCACUCAGACAGCCAUGGGUCCGGAUGUCGGUGGCAUGGAUAUGCUGGACAUCCUGUUGAAUAUGGGCGGUGGACCUCCUGGGAGCGCUUAGAUGGUGCUCAGAGAGUGUGACGAUGAUAGAGGAUUGGACCACGAGGACCGUGUUCUUCGUAUGUUGCGAUUUUGGAGCGGGCGAGUUUCCGAGUUUUGAUACCCUGCUGUGUAUGUUAUCGACUCUUUUGCCUGGUUGGGGUCUUGUCGUUGAAGCGUUUCUGUUUUGGUCCGUAACUUUGGCGAACGGCGUUCCGUCAGAAUGGAGUAUUAUUAAUGCAUCGG